AUGUUUUACUUGUUUACUCUGUCCGGAAUUUAUGAUCAUUUUUUAUUUACUACGUGUAACGAUUUCUAUCUUCAAACCUCAAUUUCCCGAAAAGAUAACCGAAGAGAAGCCCAACCCAUGGAUUUGAGAACAAGCAUGGAUGAAGCCUUAGACACAAAGACAGGCCCAAAGGGUGAAGAGGUCCCUGAAAGCAUUUUUGAAGGUUUGGAAGUUGGGUUCUUGAAGGAUAAUGAACAGUGGGUAUCUAAAGUGAAAGCGCUUAACUGGGAUGAUGUUGCUUCACUGGAAGAGAUGGUGAAAGCUACUGAACAGCUGGUACUGAAGUACUCCAAUCCGAACCAGCAUAUAAAGCAUUCUAUCAAAAAAGUUUUUGAGAAAGUUCUCGGGAGGUAUCCUUUGCUCUUUGGUUAUUGGAAGAGGUUUACAGCUGUGCAAUAUCAGCUCAAUGGUCUACAGAGUUCAAUAGAUGUUCUUUCUCAGGCGGUUGAUGCAUUCCCCAACUCCUUAGAGCUGUGGUGUGACUACCUCAGUGUCCUAUUGGCAAAUAACCCCGAUCAAGUUGACCAGAUUAGAGUCAAUUUCCUUAUAGCCAAGGACUUAGUAGGACUACAGUUCCUUUCGCAUCCGUUUUGGGAUAAGUUCAUUGAGUUCGAAUCGAGGCACCAACAGUGGAAAAACGUGUUGGCGAUAUAUCGGGAGGUUAGCAAGAUCCCUCUGCAUCAGUAUUCCAAAUACUAUACGGCCUAUAAGCAACUUGCAGAAAGAACUGACACCGGGAUUAGAAUUGAAGAAGAUAUAGACCAGGUUUUCGCCAAUACGCAGAAACUUGUUAAUGAAGUUUGGACAUAUGAAUCCCAGAUCGCACAAAGUUUCUUCAAUAUUGGCCCUGUCAGACAGAAAGAACUAGAUAAUUGGGAUCAAUAUCUUGAGUUUGUGAUUAACUCUGAACACUUUCAUGCCAGCCUUGUCAAGUCAACUUUCAUGAGGUGCUUGGUUCCCUGCCGUAACUAUGAACAUUUUUGGCUAAGGUUUACAAAGUGGAUGGAAGAAAACAGUAGCCUAGAAGAAUGCUUAGACGUUUAUCAAAAAGGCGUUAACGCAAUCUCACAAGAGAUGCGUACACUGCGACAGCAGUUCUUAGACUACAUGAAGCUUCGGCUGAAGGACGACGAAGACAAGGUGCUCGAGUUGUAUCUUCUUACUCUCAGUGAGUUUUCGCGCAUUUACCAGCAAGACGCUUCCUUUAUGGUAGAAUUCUUGGCAGCUGUGCGUAGAACAUCAUUUUCUUCUGAUCUUUCCCAAACAGACCAGGAAAUUCUGAGGCAACAAACGUCAUAUGCAUCAUAUUUGGAAAAGAAUGUCCGUUGUUACACCAACCAAACACCAGACGGAGACGUAAAGCUGCAAGGUAUUCUCAAUGACAAGAAUCUAUCAGUGGCAGUGGUAGAGCUUAUUAAAGUCACGCAUCUCAAUCUGAGGAAUGUCUCCCAAUCGCGAAAAUACUUCAAAGAGUUUGAAUCUUUACCGCAAAUCCGAAACUCCACAGCUUUUUGGCUUUUGUACUACAAAAUACUAAAAGUUUCUGUCGAGCUAAAUGAGUUAGAACGCUUCGUGGCUCGCCUGGGUACGGAAAUAUUUCUACCAACUUUGGUUGUCAACGAUAUAUUAGACGAUUUCAAAUCUUUUUUUCUCACGAAUGUCAAUUAUCCAGAUUACGAGCACGAAGUUUAUAAAGGCCGUUAUACCUCUGGCAUCGACCCACUCACGGAUUUGUACUUCAAGGUGAACAACCCUCUAUGGACUAAACAGAAAUCGACAGAUAGGCAACGGAAUGAAAUAAAAGACAAUGGGCACAUUGGGCUUUACCUUGAAAAGCCUGAAAUUUCCAACACAAUAAUCGAAAGCCAUUCUAAAAGUUUCAGCAAUGGACCGCCAUCAUUGCCCACUUUUAAAAAUCUUGAUAAAGCCAACAAGCAAGCAUCCUUUAAGGACUUUCUAUCUACAGAUUACACCAACGUGGUCUAA